AUGAUUAUGAGGGUGGACAACAAGGAAGCAGUUUUUAAUGUCUACAAGGCGAUCCAACUUCCCCGCCAUUAUGAGGAGCUCUCUAUGAUAUCUAUUGUGGAGGUGGAUGAGCAACUUUUUGACACGGGUGUAUAUCUAGACGAUUCUCUAGAGAAUGUAAUCAUGUUGUUCGAUAGCUUGGAGAUUGAUGAUGCGGUUGAGGAGAUGAUGCAUAUCCUAAAUGCAUCAUGUGCUUACAUGCGGGGAUUAAACCUCUUUGAGCCCCUAAAUAGGCCAAGUGGUCCUCCUCCAAAGCCGUCAGUUGAAGAAGCUCCAAAAUUGGAACUUAAACCCUUGCCCCCCUCCCCCCCCCCGCACCUUCAAUAUGCCUAUUUAGGUGGUCCUGACACUUUACCAGUUAUUAUUUCUUCUGACUUGUCUAAAUUGCAGGAAGAAAAGCUGUUGAGAGUGCUACGCGAGCAUAAGCGAGCAAUUGGGUGGACGAUGUCUGACAUUAGAGGCAUUAGUCCAGCUUUCUGCAUGCAUAAGAUCCUUAUGGAGGACAGACACAAGCCAAGUGUAGAGCAACAACGCCGCCUAAAUCCAAUCAUGAAAGAGGUGAAGAAGCACAGCAUGAUGAGAAUGUGCAUUGAUUACAGGCAAUUGAACAAGGUAACAAUUAAAAACAAGUAUCCCUUGCCUCGUAUCGAUUUGUUUGACCAGCUUCAGGGAGCGAGAGUGUUCUCCAAGAUUGAUCUCUGCUCAGGUUAUCACCAGUUGAAAAUUAGGGACUCAGAUAUUCUUAAGACAGCUUUCAGGACCCGAUAUGGUCAUUACGAGUUCUUGGUGAUGUCUUUCAGGCUGACCAAUGCCCCAGCAGCGUUCAUGCAUUUGAUGAACAGUGUGUUCCGGCCAUAUCUCGACUCAUUUGCCAUAGUCUUCAUUGAUGAUAUUCUGGUGUACUCGCGUAGUCAGGAGGAGCACACGGAGCAUUUGAGAGUAGUGUUGCAGAGAUUGAGGGAGGAGAAGCUUUAUGCAAAGUUCUCCAAAUGU